AUGAAGCCGCCCGUCGCGCAGGGCAGCCCCGCGGCCGCCGCGGCCGCAGCCCCGGCCUUGGACUCUGCGGACGCGGGGGACCUGACGGACGCGCUAUGCGAGUUCGAUGCGGUGCUGGCCGACUUCGCGUCGCCCUUCCACGAGCGCCACUUCCACUACGAGGAGCACCUGGAGCGCAUGAAGCGGCGCAGCAGCGCCAGCGUCAGCGACAGCAGCGGCUUCAGCGACUCCGAGAGUGCUGAAUCGCUUUAUAGGAACAGCUUCAGCUUCAGUGAUGAAAAACUGAAUUCUCCGACAGACAGCACCCCAGCUCUGCUCUGUCCUUCUGUCCCUGCUCGGAAAGCCAAACUGGGAGAUACGAAAGAGCUAGAAGACUUUAUUGCUGAUCUCGACAGAACCUUAGCAAGUAUGUGA